AUGUUCGUCAUUCGGCGCUAUCCUCUUCUGCCUGCGUGGUGGGUCAUUGAUCGAUUAAUCUGGUCUGUUCUCUGAUGUGUUGUUGAUGCUAGCCCCUGCUGCUUCGUCGGGUUUAUGCGAAUAUUUAUCAACACACAGCCGGUGAUUAUAUUUGACCAUCAUUUCUGUUGGAUACAUAAACACCGGGCCCGACAGAAAGCAUGUCCACCGCCCUGGAGAGCUACAUUAACCGUACAGUGGCCAUCAUCACCUCAGACGGCAGGAUGAUUGUGGGAACUCUGAAGGGCUUCGACCAGACCAUCAACCUGAUCCUGGACGAGAGUCAUGAACGAGUGUUCAGCUCCAGUCAGGGGGUGGAGCAGGUGGUGCUGGGACUCUACAUCGUCAGAGGAGACAACGUGGCGGUGAUCGGGGAGAUCGACGAGGAGACAGACUCCACUCUGGAUUUAGGAAACAUCAGAGCUGAGCCGCUCAACUCUGUCGUCCAUUAACCUCUGACCUUUGACCUCUGACCCCAGUUGCUGUCUCUAUGGCAACAGGAGGAAGUUGGUGGCAGAGUGACACUGGAGUCUGAAACCUGGACUGAUGUUAAAGUUCAUCCAAAAACUCAGUGAACCGUCAUGCUUGAACCUGUAGCGACGUUUUUCUGUUUGUAUUUUUUAUAAAUAAAGACGUGAUUUGCUAGAGUUGUUAGCCAAAUGUUUUUAUGCCACGAAUCUUUUUGUCAGAUUGAGAUUAAUAAAGCUUCACUUCUCAGA